ACAACCGUUCGUUAACUACCCUCCUCUCGGUUGUGUUGAUAGUCUGCCCGCUACCAAACAUUAACUAUUACUGGCAAAAUACGGUACCUGACGGUUUUUGGAUAGCUGGUGAUAAAACAAUGGCGGUUGCUUCAGGCAGCAAGACAGAUGAGAGCGGAUAUUACAUCUUCUCAAGUCGCCCCAGAGUGGUUGAGGUGCGCUCCAAGAAAAGAGAGCCUCCGGCUGAGAAACCAAACAGUCAUUAUGGAAACAUGAGCUAUGACCGCCGCAUUGUGAGAGGAAACACAUAUGCCCAACGCAUCAUACCCACUACCGCUCAGCCAGACCCUUAUGAAAUACAAAGACAGCAGGAGCUCAGAAGGAGAGCCAUUGCUCGAAAACAAGCCAGAGAGCAGUUCAGACUGCAGACUCCUGAUGCCGUGCAGGGCAGAAAACACACUGAGGUGCAGACAGAGCUUUAUCUGGAAGAAUUAAGUGAUGUUAUAGCGGCUACAGAUGUCCAGUGCCAGACUGAAGCUUUCCUCGACAGACCAGCAACCCCACUCUUCAUUCCUGCAAAAUCUGGCAAAGAUGUUGAAACACAGAUAGAGGAGGGAGAGUUGUUUGACUUUGACACAGAGGUGCAGCCAAUCUUGGAGUACCUGGUGGGUAAGGUGAUGGAACAGUCUCUGGAGGAGGUGAGGGAGGAGGAGGAGCUGGCCUGUCUGAAGGCGCAGAUUUGGUCCAACAAGGUGCUCCGAGACCAGGAGCUGGCAGAGGCGCAGCGGCUUCAGGAGCAGGAGAGACGCCACACUGAGGAGAAAGAGCGUAGAAUUUCCCAGGAGAAGGAGGUGCUGAAGAAUGAGCGAGAGGUUGCAGAGAAGAUUGCUGCCCGGGCGUUCACACAGGAGUACCUGGCUGACCUGCUUCCUUCAUGUUUCAACUCACUGAGAAUCAACGGCUAUUUUUAUGACCCCGUGGAGAAAGAUAUUGAGACUCAUUUCUUCCCGUGGCUGAUGGAAGAGGUUCACAACAAUUUGGAGAAGAGAUACACAGCAAGAGCGCUGCUGGACAAUAUCAUCCUUGAUGUCGCCGAAAAGAGACUGGACAUGUUCAAAGAGCCAGAGACUCAGUGAAAGGACAAGGUCAUGAAUGUGCUUAUACUUACUUAAAUAAAAACAUUUUCUCACUGAUUUAACCACCAGGAGUUGUCUCUUUGAGAACAUAUUACCAUAUGCAGAUUGUGAGACAAUGGACGUGGACAUAGACAUGCAAAACGCCUACAUAGGACCAGCAAACACAGAUUUUAAAGUUGUUUAACUUCUUUGUUGUUGUUUUGUAUCACUUUGUACUUGUUUUGGCCUUUUUGUAAUGAUUUGGAUUUUUUUUUGCCACUUUUUGUUGUCCUUUUGUGUCUCUUUGUUGUUGUUUUUUGUUUCUUGUUGGUAUUUUGCACACUAUUGCACUUUUUGAAGAAAAGAUUGUUGAAAAAUUGUGAAGUCUUUCUAUUAAAGUUGACCAUAACACUCAGUCUUUAGUGUUUAAACUUGAUUUUGUUUUGUGCAAAAUAACUUUCAGGAUUUAAUUGGAAGUUACCCUGACUUUAUCCUUCAGGUUGGUAAAUCAGAACUUUACUGCAGUUUAUACAUUAAGAAUUAUAAGAUAUUUCAUUGAGCUUGACGGUUCAUUUCCAACCUUGGGCUGUUUUACAAAAAUAAAAUCUCUUUACUUCAAAAGCAUCUAUCCGCAUGUUGUGGCCUUUAGUAACAGAGGAGACUUUAAUUAGUUUUAAGUCUACUUCUAAUAAAUGUGGCUGCUCCAUCAUGUUUUCUGCUGCGACUUUGAAGAAAAAAAAAAGUUGUCCUAGUGUUUUAUCAUUGACCUUAUUGGCCUCAUUUUGUGAUAGCCAGGCAAAACAAUCUUUUU